AAUAGGUCUCUCUUUUCUCUAAUUAUUUAAUGUCAUUUUAGCCAUAAAGAAUUCACUUAUAAUUAAUAUAUUUACGUGGUACCCUAUUAAUUUUACAUGAAAUGUAAUCAUUGAUUAUCACUAUCAUUAUAAUAUACACCAAGUCGAUUAUUGCAUCGCAUGUGCGGGGUAACAACAGUAGUCACUGAUUAUUAAAUUUCAAUAGUAAUACCACAGACGUAAACUGUGACUCUGAGUUCGGAAUUAUUUAUAAUUCAUACUAUGAUUUGUUAUCUUGUAAUGUUCAGUUUUUAAAAUGGAUCUACUAAAAACACCGUCUGUUCAGUCAUUGUUAGAUUCUGACUUAGAAUCCGUAGAAAGCCUUCAAUAUCUAGAUAUAGAAGAGCUAGAUGAAAUAGAAUAUGCUCUCCCUGCCAUUGAUGCACCAACACUAGCUGAAGUCUUGUGUGUGUCAGAAGAAGAAGAAAUUAAAAAUGUACAAAAUAAAGAAGAACCAGUUUCUUGUUCACCACUACAGAUUGAUUUUUUACAAGCAGUCUCCCAACAACUUAUACAAGCACAGGAGAGGUCUUCAACAGGAUUUGCUACUGUCUUAAGUACUGGCACAGAGGGAAAACUAACUGUAGGAACAGCUCAUGGUCAUCUCCUUUCUUUCUAUGAACAAACUUUAAGAUGGGUGUGUGAUCAGAAUACAGACGUUGGUGCAGUUUCUUGUUUAUCCUACAACAAGGAUAGUACACGGCUUCUUGCUGGAUAUGCAAGAGGGCUCAUAUGUCAAUAUGAGAGUAUUAAAGGAACAGUACUAAGGCGUUUAACUCUGGGUGGUGAAUUAUGGGGUAUUUUAAGAGUAACAUGGGCAGGUACUUCAGGGCUUGUGCUUGAUACGGGUGGAUCAGUUUGGUUGAUCAAAUUCUCAAGACCGUUAGGAGUUCGUUCAGCACGUACUUCUUGUUUAUUUUCUGGUGCUAGAGGAGAAGUCGUUGCCAUGUCAGCACGUGAUGCGCGUAUAUUAGCACUCGCAACACUUUCACGUGUAAUAAUUGUAGCGGGUGGUUGCGCCGCAGGGGUGAAACUGAGUGGUCCUCCUGAUACUCUUCCUGUUAUAGAAUGGUCUGAGACAGAUAACCGAAUAUUGAUCUGCGCCCGCGCUAAUACUUUACAAUGGCUAUCAGUUCACAUUACAGGGUCGUCUAUAUCAUUACGACCGCUAUACCGGGCUGAGCUAAAAAUGCCGCCUUUAUGGCUCGGAUGGUUGGGAGGAAAUCUGGCAAUUCUUGAUUCGGAUGAGAAAUUACGAAUUUGGGGAGAUGAAUACGAUAAACCAUUAGAUUUAUCUUACAUUGAACCUGUUUAUGCUUCAGCAUUUUUUAAAGGUCAUUGGACAGACGGACGUGUUUCCAGAGCAUUGUGUACAUCUGGCGUCAAUGCUCUGGGAGGAGCAUCCAUCGCAAAUGGUACACUAUCUUUAUUAGGCCGAAAAGGUGUGGUGCGGGUCAAACCACGCGAUCUUCUAGCGAGAGUACAAGCAUUUCUGACGUCUGGCCACUAUUUACAAGGGCUGCGGCUGUUAUGUGGUACACAAGGAGCGGAAGCUACAGCGAUAGCUUCUCAAUUUAUUGACAAUAUAUGCGCCAGACCCCAUAUAUUAGGCAAUAAACACAUUGCCGACCAAACAGUCAAAAUAUGUCUGAAAUUCGGAUUAAACGAGGAAUUAUGGGGAAAACUGUGGGAGCAAUGUUCUAGCGAAAAAGAAUUCGUUGAAGCGCUAGGGGAUGCAAUAGUGCGCGAUGAAUUAUCUGUCGCACCACCCUCACCAGAUUGCACACAGGCACUGAUUGAGCGUCUGGCGGAGUUUGAGCCAGAAUUAGUAGAGAGAGUUCUGGCUUCUCUCCCCCUCACGUCUCUGGACCCGCAUCGUGCGAGCGUAUUCACACGGGAGAAAGGUCUUUGGCGCGGUGUAGGUGCGAUCGCCGCGGCUUUGGGUGGUUGUGCGGGCGCGAUGCGGGAGCUGUGCGCGCACACGCGGCGCUCGUGCGGCGCGCGCUGCGAGUGUGCGGGCGCGGCGCUGCUGGUGACGGCGGCCGACGCGCUGGCGGGCCGGGCGGCCGGCGGCCGGGACCUCCCGUCCCAUGCGCGCCCUUCAGCAAGACACGACGCUCUACACGCGCUGCUCUCCGACGAGGGUGGUGAGGGAGGUCGGUCCCCGCUGCGCGUGCUGACGGAGCACGACGGGAGCGCGGCGGUGCGGUUGUUGGAGCAGAGCGCUCGCGACCCUCCCUUCGCCGGACCCCUCGCCAAACAAAACCGGCUGCGGGUCGCAAGACAUCUCCUCGCCUUUGCCAAAGAUUUACCGCAUCCAGAUGAUAGAACGGAAAUUUUAGAAUUUUUAACCGGUCAAUUAAAUUCCGGGGCCCUUCCGAACGACCCCGAGGUGUUAAAGGAGUUGGAGGAAGUGGCGCGCGCCACGCGGGGGGAGCGCGCCGACCGCGCCUGGCUCGCCCUGCUGCAGCGCGCGCCCCCGCGCCGCCCCGCGCUCCACGACCGCCCGCGCAUACUCUGCCGCCUCGAUGUACUGCAAGCACAACACCAAACCGUCCUCCCUUUAUUUUUUAAAAUAGAAGAUCCCUCGGAUGUUGACAUUGAUGAACUUUAUGAAUACCUGAGAUGUCGCGUUAACGCGGGGCCGGAAGCAAAAGAGCAGAUCGAACCGUAUCUAUCAAGACUGAUCGUACUAAGACCGCGGGCGGCCGCCGCCUUGUUUGGUGAGAUUUUCGAGAAUUCGAUCGCAACCGUUCUUGCUUCACUGGCGAACGUCGAAGCCGUAGAAUUUGCUGAGUCUCUAAAAACAUGUGGCCAUCUCAAAGGCGAUGCCGCCGCCGUACACGUUCGAAACUUGUGCAUUCUUCGUCCUGACCACGUCCAGAAUUUUUUACGGGAAAACGUCGGCAUAGUCAGACCUGAAGAAGCCCUUUCGAUUGUGCGGGAACUCGGACCAGAAGAUGCGGUACCUCACUGUUUAGAGGCGGCCGGAGACCCAAGUGCCGCGCUCGACGUCCUGCUGCGCCUGGCCGCCUCCACCGACGAUAGAAUCUUGGCAACGCGAUACGCACUCGAAGCCGGUGACUUGUGCACCCGCGUCACGCCGACCGUUCCUCCGGCCGUGGCCACGGACAUGUGGGCCCGGUUACUGAAAAACGCAAAGUUCGCGCCUCCCGCUCUCAUUUUAGAGGCGGUCGCACAUUUACCCGUCGACGCAGCCGUCGAUAAAACUUGCGAAUCAUCAGAAGUAGCUUUGGCGAUUCUGGCCUGCGCUGCCAGCAGACGAAGCGGGUGGGCAUGUGCGGCAAGGAUAAUGGGCAGAGAGGCUCACGAAGCACUAGCUCUAGCGCUGAGAAAGGCGGGUCGUGGCCGAGCUGUGCGCGGGCGGUGCGUGCGGUGCGGCGCGCAGCUGUCGCGUGACGCGGCGGUGCUGGCGACGCACUGCGGCCGCGCCUGCCACGCGACGUGCGGCGCUGAGCCUCGCUGCGGUUGGUGCGGCGCCCGCGCGUCCGACGACGUAUUCUCUUUCAACACGCGUUCCCCACGUCGCCCGGCUUCGCCAGCAACAGAAUUUACCUUAUUAUUGGUCGCUCCGCCGAGACCGGACUUAGAAGGCUCAGUGUGAUCAGAUGACAUCGGACAGCUAUAGGAUAACUGAUGUUUCGAGUUAAUAAAUGAUUAAAAAACUAUAAAAUGUAACAACGUAAUACUUUCAAGUACGAUAAUGGUAACGAUAUUAACGCCAUAGUCAAAUAAAAAUAUGUUUUCGAAGCAUAUAAUAUGAAUAUACGAUAAAUAAACGAGCGAAUUUUCGCUCGUUUAUUUAUCAUACGGCUGUUUCAUUUCGAAGCUUGAAAUCUUAAUCAAUACUUAUGUGACCAGCAUUUUCGCGAGAGCGUAAGGUCGUGCGGUACUAAGCCAGUGCAUGGCACAUUUCGCUAUCUUUCGCCUAGGGAGAACUGGCAGUCGUCGCUGUACCGACCAUCCGCCAGUUGCCAAUGUGUCCGGACGAUAACUGCACAUGUGCAUCUCGCCUACUACGAGUAAAAUAACUUAGCAGAUUUAUAACGUUAGAUUUGUUAUUUUUUCUCCUAUCUACGCCGAAAGUUCGGUUGUCCUCCCGCUGUACAGGGAAGAAAGUGUACCUUUUCCUAACUGGGUACUGAUAAGUGCGCAUGCGCGUUAGUGUCUACGUCUGCUCUCGCGCACCUAUAAUUCUCCGCCAUUGUUGUGCUCGGCUAAUUUGCAAUAUUGUGCUUAGUCU